UCAAGUUCCAUAGACGUGUCUGAAUAUUUUUAUGCUAAUGAACCGAUUUUCAUCUGAAAAAAAGUUUACAAAUAUUUAAUGGUAGGAUCAUGGCACUUCCUAGGAGCGAAAUAUUACGUCGGAAGAAGCUACGAGAAAAAAAUCGACGCCUUCGUAUCAAAGCAGAUCCACAAGCUGUAGCUAGAGAAAAUGAAAAACGCCGAGAAAGGUACGCUAAAAAGAAAGAAGAAAUCGCGAAGAAGAAAACGAAAGAGUCGAAACGUGUCAUUGAAGCAAGACGAGAAAAGUGGAGAAUAGCUAAAAGAAAAUAUUUGGCAAAAAAGAAGCAAAAUGAAAACGUACCAUCAACCAGCACCAGACAAGAAAAGGGUAAAAAAAGAGCCAGAGCUAACCGGAAAGCUAAGCAGAGAACCAUUGCUGCUUUAACAAAGAGUAACUCACUCUUGUUAAAACAGGCCGCAAAAUACAAAAAACAAUAUCAAAGGCUUAAAGAAGAAACUGCUCAAAAGUCACGAUCUCCACGAACCGCUUUAAAUCGCAAACUCCGAGGAAAAUCUGUUUCGCCUGAAGUUAAAAGACAACUUUUAUUCAGUGCUAGUGUGAUGAACGAUGUUGGAAACUCAUUAUCAACUUUAAAAGGCUACAAGAAACGAAGAAUGGUGUCUAAUUGUAUAAAUUUGAAAUCUGUGAAAAAAUAUUGUUUCCUCGGCACCUGUAAACCAUACUUUCCGUUCAAAUCAUUCCGGUGCGGAUCUCAAGAGAAACGAUGCGUUGGUGCAAAAAAAAAAACAGAUGACGUUAGUUAAACAAGAGGUUUGUAGAUUUUUCGAAGACGACGAAGUGUCUCUUAUGAGCCCAUCGAAAAGUGAUCAAAUUGUUUUUAAAAAGGUCAAAAAGCAAAAGCGUUUUUUGACCAAUUCUCUGCAAUAUUUGUAUACGAAGUUUUGCGAGAAAAGUUCAUUCAAUCUUGCAUUCUCCACCUUCUGUAAGUUACGUCCGUUCUGGGUUGUGGAAAAAAAAGUCGGCGAUCGAGACACUUGUCUGUGUGUCAAAUGUGAGAACGCAAAACUGAUGUGUAAACAACUUCGAAGACUGAACAUCGUAAAUGAAGAAAACAUCGAUAAAUUGAUCAAAAAUGAGAUGCUCUGCGAUCCAGUGACUGAAGCAUGUCGAUUUCGAAAAUGCGCUUCUUGCUGUGAAAAAGCUGUAUCGAUUUUACCAUUUGAUGGUUCUGAGGAGUGCUUUUACGAUUCGUGGGAAAGUGCAGUUGAAAUUGGCAGAGAUCAGAAACAGCAUCGCCGUACAGCAAAACAAAGGAUAUACUGUACAAAACGUGAAUUAGUGGUACGAUUUUCAUCAAAGAUCUUGCCUGCAUACUUGGAACACGUCGCGACUGAUUAUCACCAGAAAGAAGCCAUUCGAGAGUUGAAGAAAAACUUGACCACGGAUGAACUAUUAAUACAUGUAGAUUUCGCCGAAAAUUAUAGCUGUAAAUACGCAACCGAAAUACAAAGUAUUCAUUUCGGUGGAAAUCGAUCACAGGUCACUAUCCAUACUGGUGUCGCCUAUUCUUUAGCUUUUGAGAAAAAAAAAAAAGCGUUCUGUACUAUAUCCGAUAAUUUGACGCACAGCCCAGCUGAGAUUUUUGGUCAUUUGAAACCAAUCCUUCAAGCGCACGUAAAUGUAAAAAGACUACACGUUCUUUCCGACUCACCCGCUACUCAGUAUAGGAAUCGUUAUAUGUUCUACAUCAUGUUGAAUCAUAUUAUACCUAUGUUUAAUAAUUUAGAACAUUUUACUUGGAAUUAUUCGGAGGCAGGACACAGAAAGGGCGCUCCAGACGGUAUUGGAGCCACCUUAAAGCGUACCUGCGAUAAAAUAGUCGCCCAGAAUAAUGAUAUUUCCAAUUUUGCGCAAUUUUCCACAACAGUCAUUGAUCAAAUAAAAAACAUUGAUAUUAUUUCCGUGGACCCAACUGGUGAUAUCGGAAAGGAAGAUCUGAAAUUGUUUUCUCCGGCAAUUAAAGGUACAAUGAAAGUGCACCAGGUACGUUGGUGGAAAGAUGAAAAACGUACAUUAUAUUUCAACACUAUGUCUUGCUUCGAGUGCAUCGGUCAAUGUGUUCAUUACCAUAGAACCAAACAAAUUUACUACGAUCAUGCCAAUGAUAAUACUGAACCUUCUGAGGAUAAAGAAGUGAUUGCUAGUGAUGAUAAAGUCGCCGCUGGUAAUGAUGAAGCUUUGGCUGGUAAUGAUGAAGCCUCCGCGAGUAAUGACGACGUUACUGCCAAUGAUAAAGAUGAGCCAUUGAUGGAAGACGAUUAUGUUAUUGUGGAAUACAAACUGGAGGAAGAAAAUGGAAUACGAAAAUGGAUCGGGAAAAUUAUGCGAGUGAAUGAGAACGACACGUACCAUAUAACUUUUUUGAGAUCAAAGGCCACUAAAUUUCACCCUGGCUUCAUUUAUACUUAUCCGAACAAACCUGACGAAGAUACAGUGUAUAAAACUCAGAUAAUCUCACGAAUUCCUCCUCCUAUCAAAUUUCAGCGUUGUUUAAAGUUUUCUGUGCAUUGUGAUGACUUGAAAUAAGCAGUUAAUGAAUAAAUAAGCAUUUUGUUUGAUCAUUUCUUCGAACUUACUCAAUAUACUUAAGUUGAUAUGUCUUUAACGCAUGUAUUGUUAUUGUUGCAAAUAAUUACUACAACGACUCGGAAAAUUGCAUGUGUGUUAUUUUUUGUUUUUUUUUCUGUAUUU